AUUACGCGUAGAUUAACGGGCUUAUCGCUGAUACCGGGGGACAAAUAAAUACAUCGUUUAAAUUCAAUUUGUAACACUCGAGCGAGUCUAGUGCCCUUCUGAUAUGUGAAUGAAUCGAUCAUCGCUCAGAAACAAUGGAACCCGACAGGAGCGCAGAGAAUGAACCCAGGGAGUACGUGGAAACGGACCCCCUGAGAGGCACCUUCGAGGUCGAAGAAACUAAAAAGAGGAGCUUCAAAGAAACAUGCGGCUACGUGUUCCGAAAUAUCACAGUAGAGCCGUCCAUGAUUAUGUUCGUCACCGGCUACACGAUAUACUCCUUGGUGUCACAGAAUCUGAGCUUGGAAAAAGCGUGUAGAGUCAACUUAAAUUUUACAGAGCAGAUUUGUGACUCGCUCAAGUUACAGACGGUGGAAUCGGAGAACCAGUACGAGAGGCAAGUUCAGCAGCUGGUGACUAAAAUGCUGGCGUAUAAGACGUACAUUACGGCGACGAUACCGAGUUUCUUAGCUCUAUUCAUCGGGUCCUUCUCCGACAAGACGGGCUACAGGAAGAUGUUCAUUAUAAUAUCAGUAGCUGGCCAACUGUGUGUAGUCAUCAAUAAUAUCGUGAACGUGUAUUUUAUCACGACGCUGCCCUUGGAAGUCAUGGUGUACACCGACGCCGUCAUCGACGGCAUCACCGGAGCUUGGUGUUCGUGUGCUCUGACAGUUUUUGCAUUCAUCGGCGCCAUAACCACGACCGAGGAGAGAACGCUUAGAUUGGGUUUGAUCAAUUUUUGUAUGACGGUCGGUUUUCCCAUCGGGCUGACUUUGAGUGGCUCGUUGCUCAGCAAUAUUGGCUACUACGGAUGCUAUGGACUGGCCGGUGGUUUGCACGUUAUAAACCUGGCAUACAAUAUAUUUAUUCUAAGGGACCCACCGAAAACAGAGGAACAAAAAUCGCACAAUGGCAAGGGUCUCUGCCAUUACCUUCGCGUUUUCUUCGAUUUCACCAACAUCAAGGAGACUUUCAGGGUGGUGUUCAAAAACGGCCCGAACAACCGAAGAGUUCGAAUCAUCCUUAUGCUUAUAACAGUUGCCAUUCUGUUUGGCCCUAUGCACGGCGAACUGUCGAUAAUGUACCUAUUCACGAGGUACAGGUUCAAUUGGGAUGAGGUGAUGUUCAGUAUUUUCCAGACGUACAAUUUUGUUACGCAUACUAUAGGCACUAUAUUUUCAAUAGUUCUCUUGAGCAAAUACUUGCAAUGGCAUGACUCAAUUCUAGGCAUCAUAUCGACAGUGAGCAAAAUCGCAGGUUCUUUCAUAUACUGCUUCGCACCGAACGAAAAGAUAUUUUUUAUUGCUCCUCUGGUAGACACUCUGAACGGAAUGGGUCUACUCGCUGUUAGAUCUCUUACUUCCAAGUUGGUAGCUGUAGAUGAGCUGGGCAAAGUGAACUCCAUCUUCGCGUUAAGUGAGAAUCUGAUGCCGCUUGUGUACAUUCCGCUAUACACCAUGGUGUACGCGGCCACGAUGGAGGUAUUACCAGGGGCCGUGUUCCUCAUGGGCUCGGCUAUGACUAUCCCCGCCCUGAUUGUGUUCAUAUGGAUUCUUGUUGACUACAAGCUGGGAAUUAGAAAAGAAAAAAGUAAAACGCCUGUAGAUUAAGCCAACGUAACGAAAUAUUAUAUUCUGUCUGUUUUUGACUACUUGUUAAUAUAUUCUGUGCCAUUGUCUUCAUAUUUUGUGAUCUAGUCAAAGCUCGACUGAUCUAACUGUACAAGCUAGAUCAUACCCUACAAUUCUAUUUAUAGAAUCAUAAUUUUAUUAUAUAUUAUAUAGAUUUUAGACAUUAUAAUCUUCUUUAAAAUCCCACCGA